CCCUUUCCACCAAUCAACGCUUUCCCUUUCCCUCUCACAUUUCAGUAUAUAAAUAUCUUCCCACCCAUUUUCACUUACAUCAUCACAUUCUCUUCAAUCUUCUCAAUAUCUCUCAUUCUCUCUCAUUCUCUCUCAUCAACGGUUAUUCCCUCUCCUCCAUUUUCAGCCAUGUCGACCGUCGCUCAAACCAAGCCCAAGAAAACUGCUGCGGCAAAGAAGCCACUUUCUCAUCCCACUUUCGCUGAGAUGAUAACUGAAGCAAUCACAAGCCUGAAAGAAAGAACCGGUUCAAGCCAAUAUGCUAUAACAAAAUUCAUCGAAGAGAAACACAAGGACUUACCUCCAACUUACCGUAAGCUUGUUCUCCUCCAUCUCAAGAAAUCCGUCGCUUCAGGAAAGCUUGUCAAGGUGAAAAGCUCCUUCAAACUCGCUCCGGCGGCCGCAAAAACUGCUCCGGCCAAGACAUCGGCUGCUACCAAAGCUCCUAAAGCUGUUACCAAGCCAAGCGCUAAAGCUGUCACAAAGCCCAAGGCUAAAGCUGCUGGGAAGCCGAAAGCCAAAGCUGCGGCAAAGCCGAAAGCUGUUGCGAAGCCAAAGGCUAAGAGCGUGAAGGCUACUCCGGUGAAGAAGGCUGUUGCUAAGAAGGUUGUGAAGAAGGCGAAGAGCGUUAAAAGUCCGGCGAAGAAGGUGAAGAGCGUUAAAACUCCGGUGAAGAAGGCUAAGAAGUGAGGGAUUAGGGUUUGAUUUGAUUUGAUUGGGUUUUUUAGUUAUGUGUGUAAUGUUAUGGUUUAUUAUUAUUAUGGUUUGGUUUUAGAAAGAUUAGAGAUGAAAAUUAGUGUUAGGAGGUUGUUGCUGUAAAUUGUUUAGGAGAAACACAUCUUGUGUUCUUUGUACUCGACACCGUCUUAAUGAAAUGGGUUUUCUGUUUUCCUCA